UCUUCCGAUACUCUGUUUCUUCUUUUCAGCAUCGUCAUUUCUUGGAAGGCAUCAUCAAUUCUUGGAAGGCAUCUUGAUAAAGAUCAAUUUUUCCGAUACUGGCUUUCUUCUCACCAUCACAAUGUGGAAUCUUGAUAAAGAUUGAUAUACUCCAAGAAGCUUUCUCAGUGCUCCAACCCAAUAUGAUUUUCCAGAAGCGUAUAGACAGAAAUUGGAUGAGCAGCUGACUAUGGAUUCUGAUGGGAGGCCGUUUCGGAUGUUGGUUUUUAGGGGAUGUCCAAAAUCAAAUAAAAACUCUAUUCGUCAUAUGGAUGUGUUGCGACAACAAAACGCUACGGAAUUUCAAAUCAACCGCAACCAACGUAUCCGUCGAAAACUGCCUCAGAAGGAAUCAAAGGUAUUAGAUGCACCAGAAAUUAGAAAUGAUUUCUUUACAAACACAAUGGAUUGGGGGAAAAACAACAUUCUAGCUGUUGCUUUAGGCAAAGAAAUGUACCUGUGGAACUCUGUUACCUCUGAUGUGUCUCAGUUGUUUAAAUCCAAUAACAAUAAUUAUCCAACUAGUGUUUCUUGGUCAGAGGAUUCAAAGUAUUUGGCAACUGGAUUUAUGCACUCUAAUCUUCAUCUCUACGAUGUUGUCACUUCCAAGCUGAUAAGACAGCUAGAAGGUCAUAGUGAAAGGAUAGCAGCUCUAGCUUGGAAUGGAAAUAUUUUAACUUCCGGAAGCCAUGACGAAUCUAUAAUCAACCAUGAUGUUAGAGCAAGAAGUAACGUGACUUCCCAGCUAAAAGGACACAGAGAAGCAAUUUGCAGUUUAAAAUGGUCGAAAAGGGGAAAUAUGUUGGCAAGUGGUGGUAGUGAAAGUCUAGUCCAUGUGUGGGAGUCAAAAAAAAUGAACUCAUCAAAUUUCUUGCAUUGUUUUAAAGACCACAGUGCUUCUGUCAAAGCACUUGCUUGGUGCCCUUAUGAUUCAUCUGUGCUUGCUUCUGGAGGCGGCGUGGGCGAUGGAUGCAUUAAGCUAUGGAAUGUACAAAAGGGAACCAACAUUUGUAGCAUAGAUACCAAAGCUGAGAUUUCUGGAUUAGAAUGGAAUAGACAUCAAAAGGAGAUAUUAAGUGGCCAUGGCUUUAGUUCAGGUGUAGAACACAACCAACUUUGUUUGUGGGAAUAUCCAUCUAUGACUAAAGUCGGAACCUUGGGCACUCAUACUUCGAGAGUACUCCAUCUAUCUCAGAGUCCAGAUGGGUUAACAGUUGUUUCAGCUGGAGCAGACGAGUCUCUUCGCUUUUGGAAUGUUUUUGGGCCACCUGCUACUAAAACAAAAGAUAAUUCGGGUCUGGAUAAUGUUUUAUCUAUGAAGGCAAUGCUGAUAAGAUGAUGGAGAAAUAACAACAUUGAUGUCUUAGGGUAGCAUUUUUUUGUAUAAAUUAGUAGUCUUCACACUGUUUACUAUGACAGUGAUUUUUAAAAUUGAAUAUACAUUUUCUUAUAGAGAAAAAUAGCUUUUGUAUUUUUAUUCGACACAAGUAUAUUGAAAUGAGAAAGUUCACCCAAAUUAGCUAUCAA